CAGAGAGAGAGAGAGAGAGAGAGAGAGAGAGAGAGAGAGAGGGGGGGAGAAAGAGAAAGAGAAAGAGAGAGAGGGAAGUUUGCUGUGAGCCUUUUGAAACUGCUGUAAUGAACAAGCUGUUCCGCACGAUUUGAAAAUAAUCCGCGUGUCAGUGUCAUCUUUCUUAUGCAAAGUAGCUGUCUUUGAAGGCGGAUCUUUUGGCAGGUUAGACCGGGACGGAGGCUCCGACCAGCUCAGACGAGCGCUGCCACCAAACGCAUCAGCCGCCUGUUUACGGGAAGAGCAUAAUCCUGCAUUUCUGGGACACAUUUAGCAUUUUUCAUCGGGGAUAUAUGUGUUUGACUUAUUUUGCAGACUGAUUAAUUGUCUCUGGUGCCUCGCGAGGAGCCGCGCAAAGGACUGGAGGAAAAAAAAUAAUUUCAGUUGUUUUUCCAAGUUGUCGCGCAAGGACUGGAAUCGCACCGCUGCACGCGCACAUAGUCCGGAAAAGUGACAUGAAACGUGAGGACGGAGGAGUGAGUCUUCUGGAAACAAGUGGGAAACAAAUCGGAGCACACGACAAUUCUCUUUCGCCCUCAGCACACUGAUAUGCGCGGUGCAAAGUAGCUCCGGCACUUGAGCCACAAACUGAGCAGCUUGAAAGCAUGGACCUGAACGCACGCUGCUUCCAGACAGAAAACAUUCUCGGACCAUCGCGGGAAAUAUGUUUUUAUUAAACUCACCGAAACGAUGUUCUCCCUACAGAUAGUUGUGUAAGUUUUCCCACUUUGAUCCUGAACACAAACAUCGGCCUGGUUUCAUCACGGACUUUUUUUUAAUGACAGAAACUUGUGUGUCGUGGUUGUGGUGAACAUUUGGCCGAAUUUUUUUUUUUUUUUUUUCAUCAGAUCAAGAGGAGAGAAUGUGUUCAUCUGCCAAACUGAGCCUAAUCUGUGCGCUGCUGGUCCUGUGCAGCGGUGGGGGCUCAGCUAUUAGCUCAAUAGACCCAGACUGGUCAGGAGAAGGGAGAUGUCAACACAUCAACAUCCCCCAGUGUAAAGACAUUGGCUAUAACAUGACUCGCAUGCCAAAUCUCAUGGGCCACGAUGACCAAAAAGAGGCAGCGAUAAAGCUGCAGGAGUUUGCAACACUGAUACAGUUUGGAUGCCACAGUCAUCUCAAAUUUUUCCUGUGUUCACUGUAUGCUCCCAUGUGCACAGAGCAGGUGUCCAACCCCAUCCCAGCAUGUAGAGUUAUGUGUGAGCAGGUGAAGUUAAAAUGCUCACCUAUCUUGGAGCAGUUUAACUUCCCCUGGCCUGACUCUCUGGACUGCUCCAGGCUGCCGACCAAAAACGACCCGAACAACCUCUGCAUGGAGGCACCCAACAACGGCUCAGAUGAGCCUCCCAAAGUCUCCCACACCCAGCCUCCAGAUUUCAGGCCACAGCGGCCUCUGAGCGGGCAGGACCUGCACCUGAAGGACAGCGGGAGCAAACAGACGUGCAGCAACCCCGGCAAGUUCCACUUCGUGGAGAAGAGCGAGUCCUGUGCCCCAAAAUGCUACCCUAAAGUGGACGUCUACUGGAGUCAGGGAGACAAGCAGUUCUCUCUGGUGUGGAUGGCCAUCUGGUCUAUCCUCUGCUUUGUCUCCAGCGCCUUCACUGUGCUCACUUUCCUCAUAGACCCGCAGCGAUUCAAAUACCCAGAGAGGCCGAUCAUCUUCCUCUCCAUGUCCUACUGUGUUUACUCUGUGGGCUACCUCAUUCGACUCUUUGUGGGAGCUGACAGAAUAGCCUGUGAUAGAGACAAUGGGGUCCAGUAUAUUAUCCAGGAGGGUCUGGAGAGCACCGGCUGCACUAUUGUGUUCCUCAUCCUGUAUUAUUUUGGCAUGGCCAGCUCCCUCUGGUGGGUUAUCUUGACCCUGACAUGGUUCCUGGCUGCAGGGAAGAAGUGGGGUCAUGAGGCCAUCGAGGCGAACAGCAGCUACUUCCACCUGGCAGCGUGGGCCAUCCCGGCCGUAAAGACCAUCAUGAUCCUGGUGAUGAGGAAGGUGGCGGGGGACGAGCUGACGGGCGUCUGCUACGUGGGCAGCAUGGACGUCAAAGCUCUCACGGGCUUUGUGCUCAUUCCUCUCUCCUGCUAUCUUAUUAUUGGCACUUCUUUCCUGCUGUCAGGCUUUGUGGCCCUCUUCCACAUCCGUAAGAUAAUGAAAACAGAGGGAGAGAACACGGACAAGCUUGAGAAGUUGAUGGUCCGCAUCGGGGUCUUCUCCGUGCUCUACACUGUCCCGGCCACCUGCGUCAUUGCCUGCUAUUUCUACGAGAGGCUCAACAUGGACUACUGGCGCAUCCUGGCAGGGGAGCAGAAGUGUGUGGACAGCAGCGGGCCGGAGUCGGACGAGUGCGUCAUGAAGACUUCCAUCCCCGCUGUGGAGAUCUUCAUGGUGAAGAUCUUCAUGCUGCUGGUGGUGGGCAUCACUAGCGGCAUGUGGAUCUGGACCUCAAAGACACUGCAGUCGUGGCAGAAUGUGUUCAGCAGGAAGCUAAAGAAGAGGGCGAGGAGAAAGGCUGCCAGCGUGUUCACCAGCAGUAGGCCUUACAUCAAACCUCACCCAUCUCUCAAAGGGCACAGUACUAAGUAUGAGCCUACACGGCCCCCUCCAACAUGUGUAUGAGCUGGCUCUCUUUGUAUAAACCCAAAAAUACUUGUAAAGCCCUUACCUAAAUGAGACUUUGUAAUCAGAGUGCCAUCAAAAGAAUCAAGGUUCAUGUUUUAUUUAUGCAAACUGCAUUGAAGAUAAUGCAAUGUGGGGGUUUUUUUGGUUGUUUUUUUUUUUUUUUGUAUCUUGAGCCAUCUCAUGCAACAAGAGCUGCCUUUGUUUGAAAAAAAAGAACUGCUACUCCUGGAUUCACUUAUCCUAUUGAGGAACUUGGUAGAAAAAAAAAAAUCGUAUUGUUCCCAAGACAAAAAGAGUGGAAUAAACCAUUUGGAUGUGCCAUGGGGUUACUUGAAUAAUGUGCAAUAGCUGUUUUCCUUACAGACAAAAAAGACACUUGUACUGUUAGUGACAGAUUACAGACAGUGAAAGGACCCCGAGGACAAUGGAGGCAAAUGGUCAGAGACAUGAGUGUUGUGUUUGGAGGCUUUUUUUUUUUUUUUUUUUCAGAGACCGAGGCAGUGUCAUAUAUGUUUGAACUGGAGUGAGAGCAGCUGUUGAAAAGCGCUCGAGACCUUACGACCUGCCCAUUGUGAGGCAAAUCCACGCCAUAAAUUAAUCAAGCACUCGUUAUUGAAAAGUUAUUUGUACACCCAGUUGAGUUUUCCAUUCUUUUUUUCUUUGCUGUUUUAUAGCACAAGAGAACGUUUGUAUAUAUUUCUAAAGAAAAAAAAGGUGAGAUUUUAUAGAAAAAUUAAUAAAACGUUCUAGUUUUAAAUGUUUGUAAAGCCGGAAUUGUGUAUUGCAACUGUGUUGUUAUUCUUUCUGCGGCAUAAAGCUUCUUCUUUUUUUUUUUCUGCAAUUACAACCUUCGCCAUUACAUGCUGACAGUGUGCAGCAAUCAUUAUGAUACAACAUAAAAAUCUACAUCAUUGAUCUGAAUUUGUGAAUGUGAUGGUAUGUUAGAGCUGGAUUUUAACAUCACGUUUGUCAUGCAGAAUAACUGAUGGAGUCAGCAUUGUUUACACGAACAAAAAGACAGAAAGAGAGACAUUUUACUGUAGUUAUAUCUGACGGGUUUUAUUAGCAGUUGAUAUCAACUCAUAAAUAUUGCACACACGUAUUAUAUCUCCUGCUAUGGGGAAAAACAUUGCAUUUCUCAAAACUGAUGAAUAUCUUUCCAUGCUUUGCAGAAAUUAAGACGUGUUGGUUCUCAAGUCAACAGGAAACAUUAACAGUGGCGUCUCUGUUCUUGUUUUUAAAUGUUCAUAAAGAAACGAUGUGACAUUUAUGUCCGUCCCUCUGUGACUACAUCAAAGACAACUCACAGCAAAAAAACCCCAACAAAAACUAGGACGUAGAAGGACUGCGUAUGGUCUUCCAUUUGCUGUUUGUGAACAGGACGAUAAGGGAACAAAGUCACUUCAGUGUAUAUUUUUUUUAUUUAUUCUGUGUUUUAUUAAGAUAUAAAAUGACAUGUAGUUUUUAAUUUUAAUAUCUUUGCUCCACCAAAACAAACAAAUAAUCAAUAUUUGAUUCUCAGGUUGGGUGUAGUUGCUUUAAUUUUAGAGAUUAGAUUAUAGUGUUUUAUUUUAAAAAUUCAGUUUGAAGCAGCGCUCGAUCAAUUAUUCCUGUGUGCACAUUUCAGUCAAUAUAUGUAAACACGAGAGAGUGAAAGUGGUGAUGUCAUCAUAAGGUGAAAUUAGGAGACUAAAAUGUCCAAUAUUUUAGCUGUUAUACAUAGCUGUUUGACAUCAGCGUUUUGACAACCUGUUAAUGAUUUUUUAUAUUCCUCACUGCCUUUAUGUUGGCUGCUUAUAUAAGCCUUUGUAUAGUUCCUCACCUCAGCUGAAGUGAAUAUACAACUUUAUUUUAGUCCUCUCUCUUCCUCUCUCCCACCUCUCUCUUCCUCUCUCCCACCUCUCUCUCUCACUCGCUGUGUUGCAUGUGUCGGUGCGUAUCAAUGAAGGGGUUAUACAAUAAUCCAGCUCUCAUUCAGGACAGGAUUAGACUGUUUGAAGGGUUUGACUUUGAAAAGAGGAUCGCUGCAAACCAAAAUACAGAAUAUCUGUCAUCGCUUCUCUUCUUAUCAGCAGGCCAUAGUGACAUUUCUAAAGACACAUCUGGCCUGGAUUUGAAGUAGUUACAUAUUGACUGAAGCAGUUUUUCUAAAGCACGAGCAAACCGAGUACAUUGUGUGGUAUCCUGAGAUGUUUGGUGUUAAGCGAUCCUUACCCUGUCAACAAUUUUAAGGUGCCUGCUCUGAGAGCCACAAGUCUAGUCUUGAAUCCAAGCAACGGCUAUUGACUUUUGUCUUGACAGUGCUGUCAGAGCAACAGGAAAACAUGGAUACUUAAAGUCAUUGACUACAUGUACGAGUAUGUAAGAGACAUAUAUGAAUGAUAAUAGAUUGUCAGAAGUUAAUGUAAAUCUAAGCACGGGGAUAUUCUUUCGCACAUGCAAGAAAAAAAAGAUGCAGUUUUCCACCUUUAUCUGCCUCAAUUUCAAAUCUUUUUCGAGAGUUUAAAACCUAUGGUAGAGAGUCCUCCCUGGUCUAAUAAAGUUUCAGAAGUGUAGUAAUGCUUUAUCCCCGAGGGCAUUCAAGUUCCAGCGUCAACCCAACCCGUUUUAACAGUCAAAAGCACAUGACUCACAACCUCUAUGUGGCUGAAUCAAAGUCAGCCAGUGUCUAUUGAUACUCUGAGUUGCGAAAAAGGUGUGAGUGCUUCUGAGAGCUUCAACAGAGGCCACCUGGAUAACAGCCCCCGAGGUGUCUGGGAAGGCUGUAAAUAUAAAUGACAGUUACCACCCCCCUCCAGGGCUUCUUCAGCCAAGCAGGCUUCACUUCUCUUCUUCUCCUCUCUUCAAAGGGAAAAAUCCUGCUCAGAGCAAGGGCAAAGUAUUGCUGGCAAGAAAGGCUUUUUUUUCUGUUUUUUUUUUUCUCAAAAUCACACUCAACUGUAUGUAUUGCUGGAUUUAGGCUUUUAAAAGUAUAGAUCUUACUUCAUCAGACCAAAGGUUAUCAAGCCAAGAGUGUCUGCCAGCUUAGUGAGACAUCCUUCGUCUGGUGUUGCUGAUCAUUACAUGCUGUUCCUUGACAUGUUUCAUUUGACCAAGUGGGGAAUCCCGCCACAACCAUGUGACUAAGGCUGACGAAUCUCAGACCCGCAUAUCUCUAAACUCCACCAGGACGAACACCGGCGCCCGCACACUCAUCCACUUCCUGCCUGUCAUGCUGUUCUGCCGUGCCAUGUAGGAGAUAUCAGUGUCUGCGUUGGCUUAUGAUGUGUUGACAAAAAGAAGCUUCUGCUUGUGAUCAGUGUUGUUGAAACAGCAUCAAACCUUUGAUAAUCACUUGAUUUAAUUUAAUCUGACUGGUUCGCCAGUGAGCCAGGAUUUUCAGCUUUUCACACUCUGUAAUUGAGCUGAUGUUAAGUGUCUUUGUGGAACCGAGCGGUAUUACGAACAUAAAGUUGAAAUGACAGAACAAUUAAGCCUGCUCUGCAUGUCAAAGGGUGAUUUUGGGUUCAGAGGGAAAGUGGCAAGGAAGCAUCAUCGCCAGUCAAAACCUUAACGCUAUGUUUCUAUAUCAAUAAAUGACUGCACCUUCU